CAGCGUUGAACGUUGCUGGAUACCCCGCGUGUGGCCGUUCAGAUUGACUGGCACUGGGCAGUGCUGAAGUUUUUCUGGACUGUUCUGUUGGUCGGGACAUGUUUUUGGCGCUCUCUUGGACUGGUUUCUUUUCGUAACCUCCACUCAACCGACCGCAUCGGCCACACUUGCGACCGUCUCUUCCGAUUAACACAUAAUGCAAGCUCAGGACCAAAGCCCCCGUCGCGCUGUCAGACGUCAAGACACCUUUGACCUUCGCGACCAGAUCAUGGCGAACGACCACACCAGUUCCAACAUGCACGCUCAUGCUGACGCAACGCACGGCAUCGCGUAUGCUGGGGGAGCGUCCGACGAGGAGCACUCCGUCCUUGAAGACGAUUCGGACGGCGAGGACCGCGAGAUGGACUACAUGGACGAGGAGGACGAUGCUUCAUCAUCCCUUUCCAUCCCAAACGAGUCCAUCGACUUUGAUUUGGUGUAUUCCCUGCACACUUUCCAGGCCACUGUUGAGGGUCAGGCUAGCGUCGUCAAGGGCGACUCCCUCUUCCUAAUGGACGAUUCAAACAGCUACUGGUGGCUCGUCCGCGUGCUUAAGACACAGGAUGUGGGAUACAUACCUGCAGAGAACAUUGAGACACCGUUCGAGCGCCUGGCGCGCCUCAACAAACAUCGUAAUGUUGAUCUCGCACAACCUACCCCACAAGAAGUCCAGAAGGAUGUCGAGCGUGUGCGCAACAACCUUUCUUCGCGCGCGGGUUCUCACCAUUCACCCUCCCCCAUCCUCGGUGUUCCUGCAGCCAUGGCCUCAUGUCCUGGCACGAAGUCUGUUAUGUUCACACCAGCGUUGUCUGUGCACAGAUAUCCCCCUGCGGUCUGGAACGAGGAAGAAGAGGAGGAGGAAGAUAUAGAAUGGGACGAUGGUGCAUAUGAAGAAGAAGAUUCAGAGCUUGCCGAGGAAAUUAGUAUUCGCCAGAGGCAGAGCCAGAUACAAGACGACACCCAACAUAUGGAUUUAAUCCACAUGGAGCCAGAUGACGGCAUGGGUUGGGACGACAGUGUCGCGGACGAAAUACAAGCAGGCCGCGCUCAGAAAUUGAAAGAGCAGCAGUUGCUUAUGGUUCCCGAUGCUUCACUUUCGGGCACUGUGGAUAGGCAGCAACAACAGGCACAAGAGAUACUUAUGGCACAGCAACGUCAGCGGGAGCAGGAGCAGCAAUUCCUUGCACAACAAGCUCAAGCACUGCGGCAUCAGUCGUCGAAAGAUCGCUUGGCCGCCGAUGCCGCCCGCAACUUGUCUCCGUCUUCACCUAGCAAAGCCGUCGAUCCUGCAGAAGCUACUGGGACGAGGAAGCUUUCUGCGACACCCUCCAUUGCGCGCGAGGAGCAACCGAGGCAGGGUCCCUUGUUCCCAAGUGCUAUCAUGCAACAACAAGAGGAGGAACGCAAACGCACACGAGAAGAACUCGAGGCAUUAGAAGAAGCCUCCAAGAAGAAGCACAAAGGAAAGGACAAGGGUGGUGCAAGUCCUGUCCCCGCAUCCGCAUCCAACCAACCUGUGAAGCCCUCAUCUGGGGGUAAACUGCGGAAAGAGCACCGUGAUGCCACCGACGACGAAGGUAAGGAGAAGAAGAAGAAGGGUGGUGUAUUCAGCUUGUUUGGGCGAAAGAAGGGCAAGGAUAAGGACAAGGUAUCCAUUGAGAGCACUUCUUCGGACACCCUCCGCGGAUCGCAAGAGUCCGGCCGUUCCUCAGGCCUGCAGCCUGGCGUGACUGUGGAUCAGGCAGCUGCAACUGUAGUGAUGCAGCAGCCUCAGCCAUCCCUCCGCACUUCUUCUGAUACCAAGACCCUACCGCGACAGCAGCAACGCCCAACACCACAAGCGGCCCCUCAUCAGCUGCAAGCACAAGUCUCCCAACACGCAUCUCAAUUACGCCAGCGCGACCAACAACAGCAGGCACUGUACCAACAAUACCUCAAUCGUUCACCAUCUUCACCUCCAGAAGCUCCAUCCUAUGGUUUGCAGUCCGCACCUGUUGUACUGGGCAACUCAAAUGUAUACAACGGUCCCGCUACUUCGGCUACUGGCUUGGGCCUCGGCCUUCCGUCGUCUCGGCCGCGUCCUGGAUCUUUGGUCCUCACUGCUACGGCAGAUGGUCAAGGAGUCGGCGUUCCCGAGCUCAGUGUCAUGCGGCUUUUCGCAGGUAAAAAUGUCCAAACGGAGGCAACUUUCAAAACCGUUCUGCUCAACGCCUCCACUACGACUGCCGAGCUGGUGCGACAGGCGAUCCAGCGCUUCCGAUUGCACGUGGGCGAGAGCGAAGCAGACUACUAUCUCACUAUUAAACAGGUUGAAGGCUCCUCUGCAGUGUUGUUACCAGAUGAAAAACCCCUCCGUGUCUUUGAGUCUCUUGUCGAAGCAGCUAAUAUGGAGUUGCCGAAAGUAAAACGGAGCAGCGUCGGCAGUAUUAGUUCCGUGUCGUCCAACCUCUCGAUGCAUCCCGCCAUCCGCAAGUUAUCCAUGAACGACUUCACUGAUGACUCAGCUGUGAAGUUAUACCUCAAUAAGCGCCGUAACGGGGAAGAGGGUUCGCUACUCGAGGAAGGCGACGAGACGAUGAUUGCUGAAUCAACCCGUGACUCAGCAGAGCUGAUGACGUCUUCCGGCGUCAAUGUCACCCCGGACCGAUUUAGCUCGCCAAAUUAUCGUUUCGCUCUGCAACUGGUCAUUUACCCUGAAGAUCUUCCGGAUGAUAUGGUUUUCGACCCGCUAACGGAAGCCAUCGUGUUCAAGAACACACUUCUUGAACGGACGUCUACUACAUCCAUUACUUCCGGCGUAUCGCUGAGCUACCGACGGAAAGUCUUCACGUUCCCUAAGAACGUGACCGUUGCGGAAGUUAUCGAGCUCGGGUUAGAGCGUUUCGGUAUCGUUGAUGGUGUGGUAGAUGGAGGGGACGAAGUGGAGGACAAGUUGACCAAUAGACGUAGUUCUACGAAAGUUCGCUACUGGUUGACUGCAUCUGUGCGAGGUCAAGAGCGCGAACUUUCACCGUCAAGCAGAGUGGUGGACGCGUACACUCGACCCCCAGUGUUCAAGCGUGUACUGGAAGGAAAGCGAAGGUCUAUGGAUUCCGCGCAACUACUAGGAAGUAUCGAGGAUGUCAGCCCUGAAGAUCCCGUUUUUAUCCUUCGUCGCGCCAUCUCUUACCGCACAUCGACUUCGCGAAACCGCCUGUCCGCUCCCCUCGACGAGAUCGCACUCCAGCAUCUACGCGAUUCUAUUUCCGGAUCAAGCGUUAGCUCCGACCCCGGCAACGCAUCGUCGGAGGAUGUCAAGCCCAAGCAGCUUUCUCGUCAGGAGAUUAUUGCUGCACAAAGGGCUGCGUCACGGGAGAAGCAACGCGCUAUAUUGUCAACCCAGGCGAAUGCUCUCCGUGGAGUUGACGUGCUUCUUCCUGGAAAUGCGAUGAUUCGUAGUUCGCGGUACGACUCCAAUGAGAAGAUGCGGUAUUCGUACGUUCAAGACGGCGAGUCAUAUGACAUCAGCGACAUCGUCGAGGAGGAACUGCGCGAGACAAGCGGCGCGCACAAGAAUGACCUUUUAGAAGGCGCGUUCGAUCGCACCAAAAAUGGAAUGCACGAAAAGAUCGAUCGAGUGUUGACUAAAAUUAAGGAUGGGCGGCUCCAGUCACAAAUCUCAACUUCGCAGUCGACUUCCAGCCAGACUGACAGUUUGGACUCUGCACGGUCCGCUUCAUCGGCGUCUGAAUAUUCCGUUGAUGAUGGGCCAACGCUUCGUAGUGAUGGUCGUACACCAACCCCGCUCGCUGGAGGGAGGAGGACGACCUCCCCGAUUGCUGAUCUUGGUUCGCGUGACCCGACCCCUACAGUAGAUGGCCGUUACGGCCGCGCACGCUCGGGUAGUCCUCAUGUAUCCACUACGGUCUCUUCUCAGGCACAUGCCAUUCGCCAACCGUCCAUCGCAUCUGUGAUGUCUGACCUAUCGGCAUCGGCAUACGCAACUCCCACUGCGCAGCUGCUCAGUCCCACGGGGAGCCCACAAAAUGCUGCCAUGCCCAAACUUCCAGUCAAACGACCGUAUAUUCCAAAAGACGACUUUGGCGUGUCGCAGAUGAUGGCUAUUAUCGAGAUUGCGAGCAGGACCCACCGUCCUAUCGAACCCCCUCUGCACCCGGUGGAUGAAUUCCUCUUCGGGAAAUCAGUUGAAGUCCAGUCUCUGCAUCCCGACAUUAGAGAAAUUUAUUCGGGAGCGUUCCAACAGUUGGACGAAAUGGACAAGACUCUAGACGAAUAUCUUCAACAUGCACUGACCGUUUGAAACACAUUGCAUUUUCUAUCUCUAAAUCUGGUUUUUCAAGUCUUGGUACUCACAUAUUAUCUAGUAUUUGCUUUUCUGUACGUCCGUCCUUAUGCUUGAACAAAAUACAUAAAUUAUACGACUGC